UGGAGGCAGACAGCAGCGGUUUGAUGGGGUGGGAUUGUGACUGGGAGGCGCCUGGCCUCUCAUUAACCCCCUGUUUCCUCCACACCUCUCUGUUUACACCUACAUGCCGGUCAAGUCCAGACAGAAGAGCAGAAGCGCUUUAGACUGUAGACAAAACGAUGCCUCUUUUUCUGCUCUCUUUCAUUGCGCUCUUUGGAGUUUCUCACGCUUCUGACAGCGCGCCUCCGGAACCGUCGCUCUGGUUUAAGCCCACUUUUCGCUCCGUGUGCAAACCCAUUCCGAGCACUAUGUCUCUGUGCCACGGGAUCGGUUACAGGAGCAUGUGGAUUCCAAACAUGCUCGGCCAUGAUUCACUGAGGGAGGUCCAGCAGCAGUCUGCAGCCUGGCUGCCACUCAUCUCCAAGCACUGCCACCGGGACACCAAGAAGUUUCUAUGCUCGCUCUUCGCUCCGGUGUGUCUGCCAGAGGUCAGCGGGCCGGUCAGCCCCUGUAGGAACCUGUGCGAGGCCGUACGGGAUGGCUGCGUGCCAGUGAUGAGCGCGUUCGGCUUCCCCUGGCCUUAUAUGUUUAACUGCACCCGGUUCCCACACGAAACCGAACUCUGCAUCCCCGUAUCCGAGGGGCAGGAUGGGCGGGAAACAGAGGAGGCGAAGCACGAGGAGGUGCCCAAAGGGAGUGUUAUUUGUGAAGCCUGCAGUCUGGCUGCAGAAGGAGAGAUUGACAUCCAGGAAAACUUCUGCCACAGUCCAUAUGAUGCUAGGAUGGUGUCUCCUGCUAUUGCUCUGGCCUUCCUUCCACUCCUGCUGACGCUGAUUAUCAGGUACCGUUACUUCUUUGUGCUGUUCUAUCGGGCAGUCCUCAUCAGGAUAUGGAAGGACUGCGUUACUGGUCUGAGCCGAGAGGAGCGUGCCUUUCAGUACGUCCUCACUCAUGCCACCCCCGGAGACCCUGACAGUAUCCUGGACACCUUUGAUGUCUGGUGCAGCAAAGUGGAGUUCAUCAGCAACAUUGGACCUAAAAAAGGAAAGAUCCUGGACCGGCUGCUGAUGGAGCACAGCCCUCUGACAGUGCUGGAGCUGGGUGCCCACUGUGGAUACAGCACUGUGCGGAUUGCCCGUUCUCUGCCUCUGGGCGCCAGGCUCUACAGCAUCGAGAUGGACCAGAGAAAUGCCGCUAUCGCUGAGAAAGUCAUCCGCCUGGCAGGGUUUGAUGAUGACACGGUGGAGCUGAUUGUCAAUCCAUCUGAUGAAGUGAUCCCUCAGCUGCGCUCUGACUACAAUUUAGAAAGACUGGAUUUUGUCUUCAUGGACCACUGGAAGAAAUGUUACCUCCCUGACCUGCAAAUGCUCGAGGGCUCUGGUCUACUGGGAAAAGGAUCUAUUAUCCUGGCAGACAACGUGCUGUUUCCUGGUGCUCCAAAGUUCCUUAGAUAUAUUCGCAAGAGUGGCCUGUAUGAAUGGAAGAUCCACCGGGCCACGCUAGAGUAUAGCAAGGGCAUCAGGGAUGGGAUGGCUGAGCUGGUGUACCAGGGAAUCAAGUAGAUCAUGACAUCAUGGCAGGAUUUCAUAUUGUUACUCAAACACACACUUCAGAAACAGAAAUGUCCAAAUUCUUACUUCAUCUAAAGGGGUAUCGUUUCAAUUUCUAGUCUGUGUAACAAUACAGCUCAACCUGUGAAGAAAUACCUUGCAAAAUAACUCACUAGUGCAUACUGGGUAAAGAAGGAGCUUCAAGGUUUACUGCAGAUCCCGUUUGACCAAGUGCCCCACCGAUUUCACAAGAGAUAAUUUACUGCAACAUUUACCCACAAAAACAAAACAAAGCUAAAUUAAAUCUUAAAACAAAAGGCUGACACUUUCUAUAUAGAGAAAUAUAAACAAUCCCCAGUUUAGGUAUCUCAUAUGCUCCAAUCACCUUUUAUUCUACUGGGACUUUGUUGUGACUUCUCAGCAUCUCAUGUCUUUUCUUUUGUUUAAAAGACUCAAACAACUUUUUUAAGGCUUCUUUUUUCUUACUCCCAAAUUUGAGACUCACAAAAUUUAAUCUAAAUGCAAAUUAAACCUAAAUUAAAAUAAAAUUUUUAUUAAAGUACAUGUUAAUAUUAAUCACCUGUCUUCCCUCAGUUGAACUGCAAGCAUUAAUUCUUAAACUCUUCCCUGCAGUUAAAGUCUAAUUAUAUAAACCUUGGCCAUCCCACCACCAAAAUUCACCAAACUUUUUAUUGAACUACAAGUGACGCGUCACAUCUUGUUAGAUUUUAUUAAUAAAUUCAAAUACACAAAAACAGAAACAUGGUUCAGUUAAAAUAAUUUACAACUUCAGCAGAAGUAGAGAAUGCCAUGGUUAAAUAUUCUACAACAUAACCAUGACAGAACUCCGUGUCUCAUAUUUAAAUAUCUGUUAGCAGCUUUUGCUUCUGACAUAGUUCAAAAUAUAAAAAGUGUCUGAUCAGAAUACAUGUCCUGGGGUUUUAUGAAUGCUCUGCUGAAGGCAUUUCUGUAACAUACAAAACACUGCUGGGAAACAGAACAGGACUAUAUGGUGAAGCAACUGGAUGACUCUUGCAUAGGUCAAUAAGUUAUUUUGCUGACUUGACGUUAUGGUCAUGCUUAGUCUGCUGGUUGCAGACGCUGCUCUGCAUAACUGUAGAUAGCAAAAGUUCAAGGUUCACGUAACGGAUCAGUGGGCCUGCUGCUACCACUGCGUGAAGGUUUUCCCGACUUGAUACAAAAACAACACUACUUAAGAGCACCACACAAUUGGAGCCACUUUGAUUGGUUUAAAGUAUUUUCCACAGUCACACACUGUCAAUUGUAAUUAAAUUGAAGUUAGAAAAAAUGCACUGAUUUCUCAAAGUAUCUUAUGGUGAUUCUUCAGCAUUGUUCUUUCACUAAUUUCACACAUAAAAACAUGUCAGAGACUGAAGAGCAGCAGUUGUAUUUUAAGCAUGGAGUGGAAACCCAGGGCCAGCCUGAUGAAAACCAGUAUUGUCUUAAAUCAUCCACUGGUCUUGGUCUUGGUCUGGUCCUUCCAUAUCCACCUGACAGAAAGAAACAGAGCUAGAUUAGAGGCAGUUUUGGUAAUGGAAAGAAACUGAAUUAAAUUUAGAUACAUGUAUUUUUACCAAGUCUUAACAUUAAAACACCUCAUGACCGUUAGGGUUUGUGAUACUGUCGCCUGGAAGAAAAAUUAUUCAAAUCAUAAAGAAAAGCACCUCAUUUAUCUCGCCAUCAUCAGGUGACUCGUUGUAGUCGUUCAUCUCAUCCAUGUCCUGCAUGUCCUCUUCAUCUUCUGAGUCUUCCUCGCUGUCUUCUUCAUCUUCGUCAUCUUCUUCUUCCUCCUCUUCGUAGCCUGCCU